UCCUGUUACAGCAGAGUUUUCACGUUGAUUCAAGCUUCUCUGCGACUCAAACCUCAUAGAUUGCACCCAAAUCGAAUCUCUUUUGAAUGAGUUACAACCCUAGAUUAUCUGCACACAGAAUCUUGUAAUUUUCUAUCUUCUGGCUGCUUACUGUUUCCCUGAUUAUAUUAUUAUAUUACCCCUAGUUAUUCGCUUGUUUUCCUACGCGAAAUCUGCGCUUUGGCUGGGACUCUUCUAAUUUCAUUUUUUUGUAUUUCCUUUUUUAUUUUGAGAAAUAGGAUCGAGUUGUAGAGAAUUCUGUGACAAUGGAUUAGGGGUUUUAUUUCGGGAUUUGAUUUCAUAAGCUUGGAGUGUUUUGAAAUGGAUAGAAAUGGAAUGCUUGUGUCAGUAUUUUUGUUGUUUUUUAUUGUUGCCGAUGUUUCCAAUGCUUCCUUGCUCUCGGCUUUUCGAAGAUUUGUAGCUGUGGCUUCUACGGGCACAAAUCAAAUUUCUCCAUCGCCAAGUCCGGAUCCUUUACUGGUUGGUAAUAGUACGACGUCAAAUGGGACAACUUCAAAGGAUAAGAAGGUACCAGAUGAUUCUAACAAGGUUGAUUCUGGUUCAAAGGGUUCGAUUGCGGGCCCGCCUCCCCAAAACAAAAAGGAGGAUGUAAAGGCUAAUGGAACAACAAAUAAGAAUGACAAUAAAACGGAUUCACAGUCUGAGGUUGGUCAAAAUUGUACUGGGAUGACUAGAAGGUGCAAGGAUCAGGAUAAAUUGGUUGCCUGCAUUCUUAAUUUUCAAACUGGGCACACAAAAUUUGUGGUUCUAGUUCAGAAUGAAGGAGAAAGCAAUCUGAAAGUGAAUCUUUCUGCUCCAAAUCCCAGUGAUAAUGUUGUGCUUGAAAUACUCAAACACCAAACUAUUAAGAUCAAUUUAACUGUUGGAAACGGCAAUGAAGUGAUACUGAAAACUGGAAAGGGGAAGUGUAUUCUACACGUUGAUCUUCCUGCAUCUCAGGAAAACAAUUUCUUGCAUCUUCCUUCUUAUGACAAACUGAUCACUCCCAUUAAUGGUGCCUACUUCGUAAUCCUCACGGUUUUAAUUUUUGGCGGGUUAUGGCUUUGCUGCUUGUUUAAAAAGAAGAAACAACAGGAUGGUAUUCCUUACCAAGAACUUGAGAUGGGUUUGCCAGAAUCUAGUUUAAACAAUGUGGAAACAGCUGAAGGUUGGGAUGAGGGUUGGGAUGAUGACUGGGAUGAGGAAAAUGCAGUGAAGUCCCCAGCAGCACAUCGCACGGGUAGUAUAUCAGCCAAUGGCCUUACUUCUAGGUCCCCAAAGAAAGAUCAAUGGGAAAAUGAUUGGGAUGAUUAAGAGACUUUUGUAGUGAAAAAGAGAUGAAGGUACAGGGGGGAGAAAGAAGAAAAAGAAUAGAUACACGAAAUUUGGGUGAUUGUUGGUAAAAACAUUCUCACACUUGUCAUGCUGACAUUUGUAGUUUUCUUGUAACAACGAGAGUCCAAAGUGGUCAUUUUCAUUUCUGAAGAACAGAGGUGAUAACUUUCUGCAUUUUGUGAAAUACAUAUUGUUCUUGGCUGCUUUUGUUC